CUUCAUCAACAUUUUACAAUGGAUUCAUUAAUACAAACUAUAAACAAGCUACAAGACGUGUUCGCUGUGAUUGGUGAUCAUAAAAUCGAUUUACCUCAAAUUGUUGUCGUCGGAUCCCAAAGUUCUGGAAAGAGUUCAGUUCUUGAAAGUUUAGUUGGUAGAUCUUUUUUACCUCGAGGUACAGGCAUUGUAACUCGUGCACCCUUAAUCCUUCAAAUGAUUAGAUACUCAAAAGAAGACAGAGAAGCAAUGCUGAAAUUAACAAAAAAUGGCGAAAUUAAAACCUGGGCAAGUUUUCUUCACAAACCUGGUGUCAUUUUCGACAAUUUUGAUGAAGUUAGAUAUGAAAUAGAAAAUCAGACUGAUUUUCUAGCUGGUUCCAACAAAGGUAUCACACAUGACCCCAUUGUUUUAAAAGUUUUUACUCUAUCAUACGAUUUGACUUUUGUUGAUUUGCCUGGAAUUACCAAAGUACCUGUUGGUGAUCAACCAGAAGAUAUUGAUGAACAAAUCCAAGAACUUAUAUUAAAAUAUGUCAAACAGCCAAAUUCUAUCAUUUUAGCAGUGGUCACUGCAAAUACAGACCCAUCUACAUCUGAAAGCUUAAAAAUAGCUAGAAAAAUGGAUCCGGAAGGGGAAAGGACCAUUGCAGUUGUCACUAAGUUAGACCUGAUUGAUAAAGGUACAAUACAAGACACAACAGACCUCCUUUGUGGUCAUAAAAUCCCGGUAAAACUUGGUAUUAUUGGAGUCGUUAAUAGAAGCCAAAAAGACAUCAAUGAGUGUAAAUCUAUGAAAGAAACUUUAAAAAGUGAAAAAGAUUUUUUAAGAUCAAACUAUCCUGAUAUAUAUAAAAAGCACGGUAACAAAGUUUUAGCUAAAACUUUACAAGAUAUUCUUAUUAAACAUAUAAAAAAAACCUAUCCAAUAUUGCAUAAAAACUUACAAGAUACUAAGACAAAACUUGAAAGUGAGUUAAAAACAUUGCAAACACCCGACAGUAAGGUUUCUUUUAUAUUAGGUUUAUUAAAAGAUAUAUCCAAAUCAUACUGUGAUACUAUAAUGGGUAAUAGAAGAGAUGUUUCGGACAAAAUAGUUAUGGGUGGUGCGAGGAUCGCACAAAUCAUUAACGAAGAGUAUGUGGAAAAAAUUAACAAGAUUGAUCCAUUACACAAUUUGACCGAUGAACAAAUUGGUAUAAUUUUAUUAAACACUGCUGGAAUAACCAAUAGUUCUUUUGUGAAUGAAAAAGCAUUAGAAAAUAUGAUCUGCAAACAAUUGGAUAAUCUCAUUGAACCAUCAAUGUCCAGUGUGGACUUUGUACGUGUAGAAAUGUUGAAAAUUUUUGAUUGCAUUGACGAAAAUAUUUUAGAAACAUUAAAAAGAUUUCCGCGGAUAAAUUCAGAUGUAAGGAAUGUCCUUCACAAGAUGCUGGAUGACAAAUUAAGUAACAUAAAAGAAUUUAUAAAGUCUUACAUAGAGACAUACCAAACUUGUUUAAAUACAACCAAUCCAAAUUUUUUAUUUCAAUUGGUGAAAUCAUCUACCGAAAUGCAAGAUUCAUUUCUUACAUCUUAUAUGAAUGACUCAAUAAAAACAACCAAAGUGAAAAACAAUGAUGAAGAUGAACGGGAGGAAGAAAAUUUAAAAAUUCAACAAUUCAAACAAAUGUUAUGUGGCUUAAAUGAUUUAGAUAACACUAUUGAAACAUCAAAGCAAGUAAAAAUCCACCGUUGCUUAACGCAGUGCUACUUUGAUUUCAUAAGAGAAAUCAUACGAGACUUUGUACCCAAGCGCAUUCAUCACAAAAUGGUGAAAUUAAUUUUGGACGAUUUUGAACAUCAUUUGAAUGAUUUUGUUUUUACUCCUUAUGUCUUAAACYGUUCAUUUGAUGAAGUACUUGUAGAGGAAGAUGGCGUAAUAGAAGAUAGAACAAGGGUUGAAAAGAUGUUACAGGCUGUAAAUAAAGCUUUAAAAAAUAUGGUUGACAUUCAAUGUUAUUGAUGAGUUAAAAAUCAUUUUUUUUUGUUUAAAUAUUUUUAAAUUGUAUUAUUAUUAAGAAAUAUAACAAGGGAAAUUUUUUU